GGCGCCUCACUCGGUCUCAGUGUCACCUGGGACGACGGGCAGACGCGGGACACGUGGAGCGGGAGAAGGGGACACACGCGUGGAGGGGAGACGACGCAGAGACAGCAGCGACAGGGGGCGACACAGGAGGGGCGCAGAGGGACAACAGGGAGAGACGCAGGGAGCGACUGAGGGACAACAGGGAGAGACGCAGGGAGCGACUGAGGGACAACAGGGAGAGACGCAGGGAGAGACUGAGGGACAACAGGGAGAGACGCAGGGAGAGACUGAGGGACAACAGGGAGAGACGCAGGAGAGACGCAGAAGGACUCAAGGAGAGGCACCGAGCGGAGUGGCCAUGGCUGACAAGGCAGCGGCAGGAGCGGCGGCGGCGGAGAGCGGGGGCUGGAAGGAGUUCAUCUGGAACAAGCAGAAGAAGGAGUUCAUGGGGAGGACGGGCAACAGUUGGCUGAAGAUCGGAGGCUUCUAUUUGGUGUUCUACGGCUGCCUGGCCGCUCUCUUCGUGGCCACCAUCCAAGUGAUGCUGCUCACCCUGGACGAUUUCAAGCCCAAGUGGCAGGACCGCGUGAGCCCCCCCGGGCUGUCGAUGCGACCCAGAGCCCAAAAGAUGGAGAUCGCCUUCUCUGCGGACAGCAGCGACUCGUUCACAGCCCACGUGGACAGCCUGAACCACCUGCUCGACUCGUACGCGGACGAGAAGCAGCAGAAGCUCAAGGACUGCGGCGACUUCCCGCUGGGCCCGCGUGACCAGGGCCCCGUGGGAACGGGCCGUGGGCCCCGCUCGUCGUGCCGCUUCCGGCGCGAGUGGCUGGGGCCGUGCUCCGGCCUGGAGGAUCUCAGCUUCGGCUUCGCCAGCGGGGAGCCCUGCAUCAUCAUCAAGAUGAACCGCGUCAUCGGAUUCGUGCCCGAGGUGGCCCCCAACGCGAGUCUCCCCAAUGAAGUUCUGCGUCACUACAACCCCAACAUCAUCCCCGUGACCUGCGCAGUAAAGAGAGAGGAGGACCGCGACAUGGUGGGCGGCUUCUCCUACCACGGCAUGGGCGGCCACGCGGGCUUCCCGCUGCAGUACUUCCCCUACUACGGCCUGCGCCUGCAGGAGGACUACACGGCGCCGCUGCUCGCCGUGCGGGUGCUGAACGCGACGCGCGGCGCCGAGCUGCGCCUCGAGUGCCGCGUGCACGCCGCCAACGUGGGCACCAGCGAGCGCGACCGCUUCCUGGGGCGCGUCGAGUUCAAGCUCACCGUGAGGCCCGACGGCGAGACCGCCGGAGACUAGGCGGCAGCGAGAGACGAGGGGGUCGCCACGGAGACCGCCGGCGACUUGGGUAUCCCGCCGUCACCGUCGCCACGGAGACCACCGGCGGCUAGGUACCCACCGUCACCACCGUCACUGUCACCGUCGCCAUGGAGACCGCCGGCGGCUAGGUACCCACCGUCACCACCGUCACUGUCACCGUCGCCACGGAGACUGCCGGCGGCUAAGUACCCACCGUCACCACCGUCACUGUCACCGUCGCCAUGGAGACCACCGUGACCAUGGACACAACGGGCGACGAUGGAUUCACCGUCACCAGUUGCCAUGGAGACCAGUGGUGACGACAAAACCGCCUUCAUCACCACCGUCACCGUGGAGACCACAAGCAAUAUACCCCCCACCCGUUGCCAUGGCUACCCCGAACCCCUCUCAACACAGAGCCCCUAGGGAGCCGCUGAGACCCUGCCACCUCCAACGGUGGUGGUGGUGGUGCGGUGGUGGUGGUGCGGUGGUGGUGGUGCGGUGGUGGUGGUGCGGUGGUGGUGGUGCGGUGGUGGUGGUGCGGUGGUGGUGGUUGUACCGUAACGUUACAGCAACAGCUGCAGCAACAGCAGCAGCAGCUAUGAUAAUAAAAAUGAUGACUAUGA